UAUGUCGCAAAUAUUUGCAAUAUUGUAAUUUGUUUAUGUGUGUUUCAUGAUUGACGAUUUCAUUUCAUUUUGUCAUUACGAGGAAGAUUUAACAGAUAACGAUGGCUACAAAUUCACCAAAGAAGUCACAAAGGGUGAAGCCAAAAACUUAUUCAACAUGCUUGUUGUACAACACUAAAGAGGCCCAAAGCAAACUGUCUGGCAUCAUCUUGGCAAAUUGUAAUCCAAACCUGAGAACAAAAGUUCAAGAUGUGGUAAAUCCAGUUGUUGAAGAUGUUCCAGCAACAGAACCAGAACUAGUACCUUUACAGUUAACAGUGUCAGAGAAAAUGUCCUGCAACUCUUGUGAUGCUGUCUUUGCUCAUAGAGUGGAACAGAAGAGGCAUUACAGAUCAGACUGGCAUAGGUACAACUUGAAACUACGACUAAAGGGUAAAGAAAAAGUUAGUGAGGAACAAUUUGAAGAUAUAUCUGGAAAUAUAUCCAGUCUGUCAGGAAGUGACUCAGACACAGACGCAGACACAGAUACAGAUAACCAGUCUAAAACAGGAAGUGGUAAAAAACUGCCUGGUUCCCAGCGUAGACAUGUAUACUCUGGCAAUACAAGUACUGACAGUGACAGUGAAUCAGGAAACCAGUAUGAAGAUGUGGCUAGAAGACUACCAAAGGUGUAUUUCAGGAAUAAAGAUGGUGAUUUGUUAUCAAUUUACAGAUGUGUUCUAUGUCAUAAAAAGUCACAUCCAAGCCAGCAAGAAGACCUUGUUACCUUGGCAACAGGGAUUCCUGAUCAGAUGAACUGGGCAGUUUUUAUGGCUGCUGGUGGGCAUUUUGCUGGUGCCAUCUUUAACAAAAAUGAGAUGGUAGCACACAAAGACAUUCCAUAGAUAUGUAGUGCGAGCUAAAAGA